AACGUUGGUUUGUGGAGGAAGCCUCGAAGAAUUUUCCUUUAAACCUAUUGAUGCAUAAUCCCGGAACAGUCACCCGUCGUCGAUGCAAUCCCCUCUCUGCCACCGCCGUUCUUCCUUUUCCUCCCCGUCUCUCAUUUCCCUCCGAUCUCUUCGGAACUCGAAAUCGACACUAAAGUUCUUGCCUUUCUCCAAGAAAAGGCUUUAUCAUUCGAUGGAAACGAGGGCGACGUUGGAGCCAUCUGCUGAUCUGACGACGCCUGUCGAUGUCUCAAUCAAUCCCAGGGUGAGCUCGGUGAAGCCUUCAAAGACUAUGGCCAUCACCGACCAUGCUACUGCCCUCGUUCAGGCUGGUGUGCCCGUCAUCCGGCUGGCUGCCGGAGAGCCUGAUUUUGACACCCCCGCUGCUAUUGCGGAGGCUGGGAUCACUGCGAUUCGAGAAGGGCAUACGAGGUAUACUCCAAAUGCUGGGACUUUGGAACUUAGGAAGGCGAUUUGUCAUAAGCUUCUAGAGGAGAAUGGCUUGUCUUAUUCACCUGACCAAAUCUUGGUUAGCAAUGGAGCAAAGCAAUCUAUUAUGCAAGCAGUGCUUGCAGUUUGUUCACCAGGUGACGAGGUUUUGAUCCCAGCACCAUAUUGGGUGAGCUAUCCUGAGAUGGCUAGGUUGGCUGAUGCAGCUCCAGUAAUUGUUCCAACAAACAUAUCAGAUAACUUUCUUCUAAGUCCUGACUUGCUUGCUUCAAGAAUUAAUGAGAACUCAAGGCUGCUUAUACUUUGUUCACCAUCCAAUCCUACUGGUUCUGUUUAUCCAAGGAAACUGCUCGAGGAGAUUGCUGAUAUAGUCAAGAAACAUCCAAGACUUCUGGUGUUAUCAGAUGAGAUAUAUGAACAUAUAAUAUAUCCACCAGCCAAACAUACAAGCUUUGCUUCAUUACCUGGAAUGUGGGAAAGAACUCUAACUGUAAAUGGAUUUUCUAAGGCCUUUGCAAUGACUGGUUGGCGACUUGGGUACCUUGCCUGUCCUAAACACUUUUUAGCAGCUUGUGGAAAGAUUCAAAGCCAGUCUACUUCUGGUGCUAGCAGCAUAUCUCAGAAAGCUGGCCUUGCAGCUCUAGGCUUGGGAUAUGCCGGCGGUGAAGCAGUUUCAGUAAUGGUGAAAGCAUUCCAGGAAAGACGUGAUUUCUUAGUUAAAAGCUUUAGAGAAUUGGACGGUGUGAAAAUAUCAGAGCCCCAGGGUGCUUUCUAUCUGUUCAUUGAUUUUAGCUCCUAUUAUGGAUCUGAGGUUGAAGGUUUUGGAAACAUUGAAGACUCCGAAUCCCUUUGCCGGUUCCUUUUGGACAAGGCCCAGGUUGCACUUGUUCCAGGAGAUGCUUUUGGAGAUGAUAAAUGCAUUCGGAUUUCUUAUGCUGCAUCUCUGUCAACAUUGCAAGAAGCAAUGAAGAAAAUAAAAGAAGCCAUGGCUCUGCUCAAACCACCUGUUGCUGUCUAAUUCUGGAGAUCUUUCGCCGAAGUAAUUGGUUUACCGGCAAGAAUGAAGACAUUGUGCUUUUCUAAGAGAAGUAAAUUCACGAGUAUUUCUUCUUUAAUGUUACAAGUAGUGUAAGAUAUUGUAUUGUUUGAUCAUGAAGAACGUCAAACUGUUGAACAAAUUUCUACGACACUUCCUAGUUUGGAUAAAAGCAGUUUUACCAUA